AUUACCACUUCCACUCCCGCUCACAUAGAUAUUGGGCGUUGGCGCUCAAAAAGUCUCGUCUGCCGGAACUGAGCCAUCCUCAGCCAAAGACUACCAAUGGCAGCGGCUGGGGCGUUUGCAAUUACGCCCCACAAAGUCUCCGUCUGCGUCCUUCUUCAGAUGUAUGCCCUUCCCACCCAGGCAUCGCCUCCUUUCUCUUCAGUGUCUCAGCACAAUCGCCUCGGCUUGUACAUCUUGUCUCUCGCCAAGUCUUAUGAUGAUAUAUUUGAGCCAAAACUGGAGGAACUUGUAAGUCAUUUGAGGGAAAUUGGAGGUCCGUUGGGUCCCUGGUUAGUUGAUCAUUUAACGAGUAGGGUUUCCUCUCUGUCGUCCCCUGAUGAUCUCUUCACUUUCUUUACUGAAAUGAGAGGAAUUCUUGGAGGCUCUGAUUCAGUAGUCAUGGAAGAUAACCAAGUUAUUCUUGAUCCGAACAGUAUUCUUGGAAUGUUUCUCCGACGCUGUGUACUGGCUUUUAAUAUAUUGUCUUUUGAGGGUGUGUGCCAUCUUUUGACAAAUAUAGGGAUCUACUGCAAAGAAGUCCUUUCAACUUGCAUGCCGUAUGAGUUGCAUCAUUUAGAUGGAUCUAGUAACGAUUUGGAGUCAUUAUCUGAAUGUGAAAAUAUGGACCUGGAGAAUUUGGUUUUUGGGAAAGUCAAUGAGGAAAUUGAAGAAGGAAAGGAGGCUAAUGGAAGAGUUUCUUUUCAUCUUCAUGCACCUCAAGCAAUUUGUGGGUUAGUUGAAGAUGUUGAGGUUAUUACUGACCCAAGAUCCAAACAUUGUGAGAAAGGUACAGAAGGUUGUUCACAUGUCCAUCAUCCAGGAACUGAAUCACGAGAUAUUGAUCCCUAUAGUGAGGUAUUCCUACGAACAAACUGGCAGGUACAAGGGUACUUAAUGGAGCAAGCAGAUGCAAUUGAGAAGCAUGGCAGUUCUUUCUCUUUUAAUGCCUUUGAACUUAUUUUAAGGCAGAUUAAAAAAUUAGCACCUGAGCUACAUCGUGUUCACUAUUUACAUUACUUGAAUAGCCUAUAUCAUGACGAUUAUUUUGCUGCUGUGGAGAAUCUUCAUAGCUAUUUUGAUUACAGUGCAGGGAUAGAGGGAUUUGAUUUUAUUCCACCUUCAGUAUCAAAUAACUCUGCAAGAUACGAGAUCGCUUUAUUAUGUUUGGGGAUGAUGCACUUCUACUUUGGACAUCCUAAGCAAGCUUUGUUGGUCUUAACUGAAGCAGUGCGAAUUUCUCAAGUGCAAAGUAAUGACAGCUGUCUUGCUUACACUUUAGCGGCUAUCUGCAACUUGUCUUCUGAAAUUGGGAGCUCAAUUACAGCCGGAAUACUUGGAACAUCCUACUCACCUAUGACCAGCAUGGGCAGUUCAGUGUCUGUUGCACAACAACUGUUUGUUCUCUUGAAGGAGUCUCUGAAAAGAGCAGAAAGUUUAAAGCUGAAAAGACUAAUUGCAUCUAAUCAUCUUGCUAUGGCUAAAUUUGACUUGAUGCAUGUGCAAAGACCUCUGUUAUCAUUUGGUCCCAAAGCUUCCAUGAAGCUUAAAACAUGUCCAGUCAAUGUUUGCAAGGAACUGAGAUUAUGUUCUCAUUUGAUUAGUGAAUUUGCAUCUGAAACAUCCACUGUCACAACUGAUGGUGCUUUUAGUACUGCCUGGCUUAAAAAUUUGACAAAACCAAUGGGUUCGCUAGUGUUGACCCAGGAUAACGAAUCUGGAGAAAAUUUUCAUGCUCUUCAGUUUUCUGCACAGCCAAGUUCAAUUCCCAGAUCUGUUUUGCAAUUAUUAGGUUCUUCAUAUUUGCUCCGUGCCUCUGCUUGGGAGACAUAUGGCAGUGCCCCUCUUGCUCGAAUAAAUGCAUUGGUUUAUGCAACUUGCUUUGCUGAUUCAUCAAGUUCAUCAGAUACAGCAUUAGUGCAUGCAAAGCUCAUCCAACAUUUAGCAGCAUUUCACGGAUAUAAAGAGGCCUUUUCUGCUCUUAAAGUAGCUGAAGGGAGGUUUUUGUCUGUCUCGAGAUCAGUACUUUUGUUAGUAAAACUGCAGCUGCUCCAUGAGCGUGCUUUACAUAGGGGACACCUGAAACUAGCACAACAAGUAUGUGAUGAACUUGGAGUUAUAGCUUCAUCUGUCAAGGGUGUGGACAUGGAACUGAAGAGAGAAGCAAGCCUUCGCCAUGCCCGUACGCUGCUUGCAGCAAAGCAAUUCAGUGAGGCAGCAGCUGUUGCACAUUCUCUCUUCUGCAUGUGUUACAAAUUCAAUAUGCAGGUUGAGAAUGCUACUGUUCUUCUUCUGCUAGCUGAAAUUCACAAGAAAUCAGGCAAUGCUGUUUUAGGCCUUCCAUAUGCAUUGGCAAGCCUGUCAUUUUGCCAGUCAUUUAACUUAGAUCUUCUCAAAGCAUCAGCUACCCUCACUUUGGCUGAGUUGUGGCUCUCACUGGGAUCAAACCAUGCAAAGAGAGCGUUAGCGCUUAUACAUGGUGCCCUUCCAAUGAUUCUUGGCCAUGGAGGUUUGGAGCUCCGGGCUAGGGCUCAGAUUGCUGAAUCAAAAUGCUACCUUUCUGAUCCAAGCUAUUCAGUGUUUGGAGAUCCUGAGGUUGUACUGGAUCCUUUGAGGCAAGCUUCUGAUGAGCUUCAGGUGUUGGAGUAUCACGAAUUGGCUGCUGAAGCUUUCUACUUGAUGGCCAUAGUAUUUGACAAAUUGGGAAAACCAGAGGACAGGGAAGAAGCUGCAGCUUCAUUCAAGAAACAUGUAAUGGCCCUUGAGAAUCCUGAGGAUGAGGAUCCUCUGUUGAGUUUAUUAUAGUAAACAUUGAAAUUGUAUUUUAUGUAAAUUGAGAUCAUGAAUCAUUUAGUUUUUGUGGCUUUUCCUCAUUUCUCCCUGUGAUAUCCCUCGAACAUAGUUGAGCUGUAAUUUUUUGCCGAUUCCAAUCGCAAUUUGAGAUGAUGUAUUUAUGGUUAAAAAAUAUAGUAAACAGAGUUGGUCCUUUUAUCGCAA